AUUUGAGGAACAAGACACACUCAUCUCUGUUUUUACCGUCUUAUCUUUCCUUCCCACCGUCGUUUUUUACACCCAUUUUUCUCCAUCGUCGCUCUCUCGGGAAGCUUCUUUCACAUAACUUCGCACAACAGACGCCGCCACUCGCCUUCUUUCUUCCUUCUGCCCAAUCAAUUCUUUUACUUCUAAUCAGGAUGGAUUUGAGAGAUAAUAGUGAAAGAUGUCUUCUGACAGUGGACGCAGAUGAGGGAGGAUCAUUUGAAAGUCCAGCAGCGACGGAAUUAAUUGAAUGUCAUGGUGAUAUUAUUCUUGAGCCUUAUGAGGGCAUGGAAUUUGAAUCUGAAGAUGCUGCUAAAAUUUUCUAUGAUAAGUAUGCCCGUCAAGUGGGAUUUGUCAUGCGUGUGAUGUCCUGUCGUCGUUCUGAAAAAGAUGGGAGGAUACUUGCGCGACGACUUGGAUGCAAUAAAGAGGGGUAUUGUGUCAGCAUUCGAGGUAAAUUUGGGGCAGUUCGGAAGCCUCGGCCGAGCACUCGAGAAGGCUGCAAGGCAAUGAUUCAUGUCAAAUAUGAUAAGUCUGGGAAAUGGGUGAUUACAAAAUUUGUAAAGGAGCAUAAUCAUCCUCUUGUGGUUUCGCCCCGUGAAGCUCGGCAGACGAUGGAUGAAAAAGAUAAACAAAUACAGGAACUCACUACAGAGCUGCGGAAUAAGAAACGGUUGUGUUUGACAUACCAAGAACAGCUCGCCGCAUUUAUGAACAUUGUCGAAGAGCAUACCGACCAAUUAUCGAGAAAAGUUCAGAAUGUAGUUACCAACCUUAAGGAAUUUGAGUCCCUUGAGCAAGAAUUGUUGCAUCCUAGAUAACCCAGCCACAGAUGUCGUCGGUGGCCAUCGAUAUUUGGAGCUUGGUAGCAUACGAAGAAUAGCGACCACCCUUCAGAAAGCUCCCAAAAGGCAUUCUUAACAAAUCCGCCCUGCCCCACCCCAAACUCGGAGCAAGCGAUGGAAACAAGCGUUAUAGAGGAAUGACAUCAUAGCAAGCACUGGCAUGAAGAAGUAUUUGCAGACAUCUGAGAGGAGAGAUAAUUUUGUAAUGUAGAGACAAUAAUUUGAUUUACCUCCAUGAAAGGAUUUUAUUGAAUAACCAAUGCAGUUCUUCAGAAAUCUCUGAUUGUGCA